AUGGAAUCAUUUUUCAAAUAUCUUUCUAUUGAAGUUACUAACUAAAGCCUUUUCUAAAUGUCAGAAAGUUUGAGAUAAUUCUGCAGCAUUAAUACAGAUAAUAUGUCAUCCGUAAAAUCUUACAGAUGUUAACAAUUUCCACAUUUAAAUUAAUCAACAAAUAAUCUAUUGUUAACUUCAAUUUAAAAAGACGUUCAUUUGUUAAAAUCAUUCUUGAAGAUAUUUGAUAUUAGAAGUUUUACGAAAUGGGCAAGAUUACUUUCUAUUAUAUUGUAAAAGUAUGUAUGAUAUUUAACGAUAUUUUACCGAUUUUAAAAACUUGCAAGGUUAGGUUGAAUUGGCUUGUAUUGGUAUAAAAUUUUGCCAUUGAAAUAGAGUAAAUAUUAUACCUGAAUUAAUGGUCAUAUACAAUAUGUAUUGGAGAAUGGAUUACAACCAUCUUGGUAGUAUGUUUGAAACUGUGUGUGUGAAAGGGAUUAACCGCCUGUAUAAACUUGUCAUUUCUGAUCAUUUUAUAAAAACCGUUUAAUAAAUGGUGUAUUUGUAAUUGCAUAACUUUGUGUAUUGGAUCAAAAGAGAACUUUGAACAUAGAAAAGAAUGAUUUGAUCUAGAAAUAGAUGAGACAUUUUGAAACCUGGACAUGAUGGAGAAUUGAAAUAAAUUUCUACACUUGACAGCAACAUCAUUCUCUAGCAUAAUGAAGCCAGUAUAUUUGACAGUGUUAAUUUUAGUGCCUUAUUUAUCUUGUGUUGAAGCUGCAACAUCAUCAUUAGUGUUAAAUCUAGCGAACAAUGUAGCUGCAGGGCAGUCAGCUACGUACAACUGCACAAGUUCCGGGAACGGAGUGGAUCCCACGUUAGUUUGGUUUAUUAGAAGAACUGACGGAACAUAUAUAAGAAACAACAGUCAGCUGACCAGUUCAGUGGUAGAUGGAGCGUCAAAUCCAAAUGACGGUACAGUUAAGAGUAGUGUGACAUUUAUAGUGCAGUCGUCUUACCUAACUAAUCAUCGACUGUGGUGUGGAGCUAUUGACUCGGGGUCCUCAGCAACAUCAAUAACAAUAUAUACCACUAUUACUGCAACAACAACAACAACAGCGAGUCUCGGAGAAGCAUGUUCAAGUCAAGUAACUUGUUCUACUGCCAAUGCUGCCUGCUCAUCCUCUAAUGUGUGUGUAUGUAGCUCUGGUUACUAUGACACCAACGGUGUUUCCAGUUCUGGUGGCAGUUGCUCACAACAGGUUGGAUUAGGUUCAACAUGUACUGCUGGAAUUGAUGAAUCUUGUUUGACAGCUAAUGCACGAUGCAGUUUUAGCUCGCCAUAUGUUUGUCAGUGUGGUAGCGGAUACGUGCAGUCGGGAACCAUAUGUAUUUCAGAUUCAGCAUCUUUAGGACAGUCAUGUGUGAGUCCUACACGAACAUGUUAUAUUUCAAACUCAAAUUGUAAUGGUAAUAUUUGUGUGUGUAACAAUGGGUACUAUAGAUCGGGAAGUGUAUGUGUAAUUAGCCCAGCUGCAUUUGGGGCUGCAUGUACAAAUCCAACAAGGACAUGUACUACUACAAAUGCUGAAUGUAGUGGUGGUACUUGUACAUGUCAGUUUGGUUACACAUACUCCAGUUCUGCUGGCUACUGUAUCACAAGCUCAGCUACUUAUGGAGGUGCAUGUACAAAUCCGACAAGGACAUGUACUACAGCAAAUACUGAGUGUAGGUCCGGUACUUGUCAGUGUAGCUCAGGUUACACGUACUCUAAUACACUUGGCUACUGUAUCACAGGAUCAGCUGCAUUUGGGGCUGCAUGUACAAAUCCAACAAGGACAUGUACUACUACAAAUGCUGAAUGUAGUGGUGGUACUUGUACAUGUCAGUUUGGUUACACAUACUCCAGUUCUGCUGGCUACUGUAUCACGAGCUCAGCUGCAUUUGGGGCUGCAUGUACAAAUCCAACAAGGACAUGUACUACUACAAAUGCUGAAUGUAGUGGUGGUACUUGUACAUGUCAGUUUGGUUACACAUACUCCAGUUCUGCUGGCUACUGUAUCACGAGCUCAGCUGCAUUUGGAGCUGCAUGUACAAAUCCAACAAGGACAUGUACUACUACAAAUGCUGAAUGUAGUGGUGGUACUUGUACAUGUCAGUUUGGUUACACAUACUCCAGUUCUGCUGGCUACUGUAUCACAAGCUCAGCUACUUAUGGUGGUUCGUGUACAAAUCCAACAAGGGUGUGUACUACUACAAGUACUGAGUGUAUUUCUGGGACUUGUCAGUGUAGCUCAGGUUACACAUACUCUAGUUCACUCGGUUACUGUAUCACAAGUUCAGCUACUUAUGGUGGUUCAUGUACAAAUCCGACAAGGACGUGUACUACUACAAAUACUGAGUGUAUUUCUGGUACCUGUCAGUGUAGCUCAGGUUACACAUACUCUAGUUCACUUGGCUACUGUAUCACAGGAUCAGGACGUUUUAUAAAUGGAGAUAUAGCCAAUCCAAACUUAACAGUAUCCAACCAGAGAGUGGGGGGCGCCGGGGUAUUAGGUGCCCCUAUGCAGGGUCAAAUUAUACACAUUAAACCCGCAAUCAAACCAGCUUAUAGUCACGGAACUCAAAUAACAGCUGCCUCUGCUAGUGCAACUGCAACUACUCCGCUCAGAGGUAAUUCUGUGACGUUCACUUGUACAACCACCCCCGCUACUGGCAACCAGCAUUUGAGGUUCCUCGGGAGUACACAAGUGACACCAUCCACAACACCCUACUACAAAAGGGAACAAGUCAGGCUGGGACCACACAUUGAAGCAGGAAAUAGCAGGCACGUGACCAUAAAAUUUAUUACAUGA